AUGCCCACGUAUUACCACCCACCUACAGGAUGCCCACGUAUUACCACCCACCUACAGGAUGCCCACGUAUUACCACCCACCUACAGGAUGCCCACGUAUUACCAACCCACCUACAGGAUGCCCACGUAUUACCAUCCACCUACAGGAUACCCACGUAUUACCACCCACCUACAGGAUGCCCACGUAUUACCACCCACCAACAGGAUGCCCCACGUAUUAACACCCACCUACAGGAUGCCCCACGUAUUAUCACCCACCUACAGGAUGCUCACGUAUAACCAUCCACCUACAGGAUGCCCACGUAUUACCACCCACCUACAGGAUGCCCACGUAUUGUCACCCACCUACAGGAUUCCCACGUAUUACCACCCACCUACAGGAUACCCACGUAUUACCACCCACCUACAGGAUGCCCACGUAUUACCACCCACCUACAGGAUGCCCCACGUAUUAACACCCACCUACAGGAUGCCCCACGUAUUAUCACCCACCUACAGGAUGCCCACGUAUUACAACCCACCUACAGGAUGCCCACGUAUUACCAGCCACCUACAGGAUGCCCACGUAUUAUCACCCACCUACAGGAUGCCCACGUAUUAUCACCCACCUACAGGAUGCCCACGUAUUACAACCCACCUACUGGAUGCCCACGUAUUAUCACCCACCUACAGGAUGCCCACGUAUUAUCAUCCACCUACAGGAUGCCCACGUAUUAUCAUCCACCUACAGGAUGCCCACGUAUUACCACCCACCUACAGGAUGCCCACGUAUUAUCAACGCGAUGCUCAAUACCCCUUUAGCUGA